AUGGAUUUCUUCUCGCAAACAAUCGUAGCCUUUCGUGGCCCCACCGGCGCACCACAAACACCAUUGGAUACGAUUGGUCGACUCAGUGACCGCCUCUCCCCAUCUACUCUCCUUGCGGACCGUCGUGCGGCAGUGCUCUCACUCAAAGGCCUCGCCAGAGACCACAAGAAGAUUGUGGGCGAACAAGCCCUAUCAGGUCUUUUGGAAAUCAUCCAGAACGACGCCGAUGUCGAUCGAGACAUCGGCAAAGCCGCUCUAGAGACCGUUAACUUCCUAUGUGAUGUGGUCGACAUGGAAUCAGACCAGCGCGAGCUCGGAUACGCCCACUCUGACCGAGUCCUGGAAAACCAACGGACGGCUCACAAGCUUUUCUUUCUACUCGGAAGCCAAGACUUCCACGUGCGGUAUGGGGCCUGCGUUCUGUUGACAACACUUCUCCACAAUCGGCCUCAAGCUACGCAGGCGUAUUUCUUGAAUGCACCUAUAGGGCCGACCCCAGUAGUUUCAUUGCUAGGGGAGUCUAGGGAGAUGAUGAAGCGAGAGGCUGUGGUGCUCAUCUCAGCAAUGAUUAGACAAAGUCCUGAAAUCCAGAAAAUUCUGGCCUUCGAAGGCAUCUUCGAGAAGCUAUUCGGUAUCAUAAAGCAGGAAGGCGGCCUUGAUGGAGGCCUGUUCAUUGAGGACAUAUUAAAGGUCGUAGAUACUCUUCUUCGAUACAACACAUCUAAUCAGAACUAUUUCCGCGAAACGAAUAUCCCUUCGCUACUGUGCUCACUUCUUUAUUUCGACCCCAACGUUCAGUUACACGAGCAGGUCCCUCAGGAAUUUGCGCUUCAGUUCUGGAAUCCAUCGAAGGCAAACUGUGCCUCGUUGAUACUUGAGACUGUUGGUAUGCUCCUAGGCACGAAGGGGACUGGUGAGGGUCCCGGUUUUACACGUCUUUUAAUUGAGAUGUCAUUGGCUUCUAAUGCGCCCACUGUGCUCAAAGUUCGAUGCCUCACUUUGCUUCCUGCAAACGCUGCUGUUUUGCUUCCGAAUAUCAUGCUUAAUCCAUACGUACCUGUUCCCGAAACCAAUGGGGAAGAAUGGGAUCGACUAGAGCCCGCCACCGGUAUCGACGCACUCCUUGAGCUCGUUAUGCAUGGGGAAUAUAACGGUUUGGACGCUGUCAGCAGAAAGAGGGAUGGGCUAGAUUUACGCGCUGCCGCCGUUGGCGUAUUCGAAAAUUUCCUUCGCGAGGAUCGUGUCAAGGAGGCUAUCGUUGCUGGAAUGGUCCCUCCCGAAGAUGCAGGUCCUUCUGCUCGUUCUCCGAUGACUCCACUGCUCUUUGGCCUCAUCCUCCCACCCCGAUCACCACCUGAUCGCAUCAACGUCGUAUCAUUCCAGUUUGCAACCAUCCUUUUUGCACACCUCGUGCGGCACGCGCCGCAUUGUAAGUCAAUCGCUCGCUCAAUUAUCCCACCAGCUCUUACCUCUACGGAGGAUGUCGCCCCUGGAGGAAAUUUCUUCGUACCGGCUGAUGGCGCGCCGCUCCCUCAAAGUCAGGCGGAGCUUGAGCCUGAGGAGCUUGACGAGCCGCAAACGCUACUGCAACUGCUGACAGAACACUUGUCGCUGUCGUUCCUUUCGCGAUCUCGGGAUGGUCUCUCAGAUCACGAGGAGAGGGAAUGGGAUCGUGUGGUUGUCAGCUACCUCUCCCUUUUGAGCCAAUGGUUAUGGGAAGAUCCGAAAGCGGUGCGGGAAUUUUUAGAAGGGGGCGGCAUGAGCAUGUUAGUUGAGCAGCUUAACCAGCCUUCGGAAAUCGACGUCGUAAUUCCGGGUCUUUGUGCGUUCCUACUCGGUAUCUGUUACGAAUUCAAUCGCGAACCGGGCGAGAUCACACGACAGUCCAUCUAUCCGCUCAUACAACGUCUCGGUGCAGACGUUCUCGUAGGGCGGGUGAACCGAGUGCGCGAGGACGAACGGAUCAAGAUCGUUGGCCCUGAAACAUGGGUACUACCAUCUCCAACACCGAAAGGCCUAAACCCCAUGCUCAAGCCGAUGUACGAAGGGGAAGCUGAGAUGUGGUUCGAUUGGGCGUUUGUGGAUUUCUGGAAGUCUAACAAUUACACCAUCCAACGUGGGCUUAUUGCGGAUCCCGCGUCUGCGCCCUCUGCGUUUAUAGCCCAGAGUGGGGAGGAGAGCAUGCUGGUAGCAUCUCUGCGAGACAUCAUCUCCAAACAGACGGCAGAGAUUGAAAGAUUGCAGAGUAAACUGAACGAGCUGUCCGCGUCUACUACCGGGCUGGAGUCGGAACGGACGGCGCUGCAAGAUCAGGUAGCCUCGCUGAGUGCCGAGUUGGCGGCGGAACGCUCGAAAGAAAGCGAAGCAGAGAAGGAGCAGGAGGACUUGCUCGUGCUCCUGGACGAAUUAAGCACAAAACGCUCACGGGACAAGGGGCGCAUGCGUGAGGCUGGGCUAGAAGUAUCAGAGGAUGAGGGCGAAGAGGAGGACGAAGAUGAAGAUGAGUAA